AUGCGGUCCAGCUCGCCCUCGUCGUCGGACGACGACAAGGCGCCCUCCGCCACCGGCCACUCGUCGCCGCCGCGCUUCACCGACGAUGCCGCCAGCCAGGCCGCGAGCGACGAGGCCAUCCUCGCCCGCCUCGGCUACAAGCAGGAGUUCAAGCGCGAGUUCACCAACCUCAGUACCAUCUCGUUCGCGUUCUCGAUCAUGGGUGUCGCCUCGUCUGUCGUGACCACGUUCAACACGCCGUUCGGCCUCGGCGGCCCGGCGAGCGUCGUCUGGUGCUGGUUCAUUGGAACCAUCAUGUGCUUCUGCCUCGGUACCUCGAUUGCCGAGCUCGUCUCUGCUUACCCGACCAACGGCGGCCUGUACUCGGCGUCCGUGUUCCUCGUGCCCAAGCGGCAUCGCGCCCUCAUGGGCUGGACCGUCGGCUGGCUCAACCUCCUCGGCCAGGUCGCCGGUGUCGCCUCGACCGAGUUUGGCCUCGCCCAGAUGAUCUUUGCCGCCGUCUCGCUCUCGCGCGGUGGCGCGUUCGUCCCCAAGCCGUGGCAGAUUUACCUCCUCUUCAUCGGCCUCCUCCUCAUCCACGGCACGCUCAACUCGGUCGGCACCAAGGUCCUGUCGAGCAUGACCAAGACGUUCGUCUUCUUCAACCUCGGGACCGUCCUCGCCGUCAUCAUCUCGCUCCUCGCGUGCACCGACAACAAGAACUCGGCGAGCUACGUCUUUACGCACAACAUCAACGGCUCGGGCUGGAGCUCGGACGGCCUGUCGUUCCUCCUCGGCCUCCUGUCCGUCACCUGGACCAUGACCGACUACGACGCGACGGCUCACAUCUCGGAGGAGGUCAAGCGCGCGUCGUUCGCCGCGCCGGCCGCCAUCUGGAUCGCCGUCAUUGGGACCGGGAUCGCCGGGUUCGUGUACAACAUCGUCUUUGUCCUGUGCUCGGGCGACAUGGCCGACACGGCCGACUUUGGCGUGUCGGGCUACGCGCCGGCCCAGAUCCUGUGGCAGAAUGUGCCGCGCCCGCUCUUCUACGUCCUGUGGGCCUUCAUCUGUUUUGUCGCGUUCCAGGUCGUCGCCACGGCGACGCACGCCAACGCGCGCUCGUUCCACGCCUUCUCGCGUGACCGCGGCAUGCCCGACCGCGGCUUCUUCUCGCGCCUCGCGCCCAACAAGAUCCCGAUCAACGCCGUCUGGCUCGUCCUCUUCAUCUCGGCGCUCAUGGGCCUCCUCGUGUUCGCGUCGACGAUCGCCGUCAACGCCAUCUUUGCGCUCGCCGCCAUGGGCAUGGACUCGUCGUACCUGUUCUCGAUCGUUGCGUGCAUGAUCUGGCGCAACCACCCCGAGGUCAUGUUCAAGCCCGGUCCUUUCCACCUCGGUUGGGGCAUCGUCGGCUGGAGCGUGCGCAUCAUUGCCGUCUUCUGGACGAGCUUCAUCGUCGUGCUCCUCGCGCUGCCGCAGAUCAUGCCCGUCGUGAGCGACAACAUGAACUAUGCGAGCGCCGUCACGGGCGGCGUCGUGCUCCUGUCGACCGGCUGGUUCUUCAUCGGCGGCCGCAAGCACUACAAGGGCCCGAGGAACGUCCUCGCCGAGGAGAAGACGCAGAAGAUGGCGCCGACGGGCGACGACCUUGACGAGAUCAAGGCGCCCAACGGCCCCAACUGAGCCCUCUUUAUCACAAAAACGACUCGUCUAGCAGUCACCCCCACACAUACUAUCCUCAUCGUCUUGUCUCCCCUUCUGCAUCACCGGCCUCGUCGUCGUCGUCGUCUCCGUUCCCUCGUCCCUCUCGCGGCCCUCAGUAUCAUCGCGCCUCCUGUCUCGCCCUCCCUCAUUCAGUGUGCCACUUCAACUUGUGCAGGUCGUCUCUCUCUCAUCCCGCGCUCUCGUAGAUAUCCCCCGCCCCUGCUCGCCUGCGGCUCGUUCCCCGGGUCGCGGCCGGAGCCCGUCUGUGCAAGUCAACCUUGCGGUCACCU